ACUAAAUGUGUGGUUCACCUGAAACAGAGCCAAAGUUACUGAAUUGAGGCAACUGAAGAUGCUGCUGCUGUGGAAACAGCUGUUCCUGGUAUCACUCGUUGGCUGUCUUGGAGACCCUGAGAGCUCACGGACGAAGAUGAGAAGCACUGUAUCCGUGCGAGAAGGGCAGGGAGUGGUGCUGCUCUGCGGAACGCCGCCCCGUGCGGGAGAGUUGUCAUUUGCUUGGAUCUUCAACGAGUAUCCAUCGUUUGUCCAAGAGGACAGCCGGCGAUUUGUGUCUCAGGAGACCGGCCACCUCUACAUCGCCAAAGUGGAGCCUUCAGAUGUGGGAAAUUACACCUGUGUCGUGACCAGCACUGUGACAAACAGCCAGGUCCUUGGGUCACCAACUCCUCUCGUGCUGCGCACUGAUGGUGUGAUGGGAGAAUAUGAACCCAAAAUAGAAGUUCAGUUUCCUGAGACGCUUCCUGCAGCGAAAGGCUCAACUGUGAAACUGGAAUGCUUUGCACUAGGAAACCCCGUGCCUCAGAUUAACUGGAGAAGAACUGAUGGUAUGCCAUUUCCGAGCAAAAUAAAGCUAAGGAAAUCCAAUGGCAUGAUUGAAAUACCUAAUUUCCAGCAGGAGGAUGCAGGACUGUAUGAAUGUAUUACUGAAAACUCAAGAGGAAAAAACAUAGCAAGAGGUCGUCUCACUUACUAUGCAAAACCACACUGGAUCCAGAUGAUAAAAGAUACUGAAAUUUCCGUGGAGGAUACCUUAUACUGGGAUUGCAGAGCAAGUGGCAAGCCGAAACCAUCAUAUAGAUGGCUGAAGAAUGGAGACCAGCUGUCAGUAGAGGGAAGGAUCCAGAUUGAAAAUGGUGCACUUACAAUAUCGAAUCUAAAUCUGACAGAUUCUGGCAGAUACCAGUGCAUAGCUGAAAAUAAACAUGGUGUCAUCCAUUCGAGUGCGGAGCUCAGGGUUGUAGCUUCUGCUCCAGAUUUUUCCAGGAACCCAAUGAAGAAAAUGGUUCAGGUUCAGAUUGGCAGCACAGUUGACUUUGAAUGCAAACCAAAAGCUUCCCCCAAGGCCAGGUGUUCCUGGAAGAAGGGAGGUGAGCAGCUACACGAAAAUGAAAGAAUCACAUUAUUAAAGGAUGGAGGACUAAGAAUAACCAAUGUGACCAAAGUUGAUGCUGGAAGCUACACUUGUGUGGCAACAAACCAGUUUGGAACAGCCAGUGGGACGACAAACUUAGUAGUUACAGAGCCAACAAGGAUCACUUUGGCACCUUCAAACAUGGAUGUCACUGUUGGAGAAAGCGUCAUCUUGCCUUGCCAGGUUCAGCACGAUCCUAUACUGGACAUCAGCUUCACAUGGUAUUUCAAUGGGACACUCACCGACUUCAAAAAAGAUGCCUCUCAUUUUGAGAAGGUUGGAGGGAGUGCAUCAGGAGAUUUGAUGAUUAGAAACAUCCAGCUGAAACACAGUGGAAAAUACGUUUGUAUGGUGAAGACAGAAGUAGACAGUGUGGCAUCUGCAGCUGACCUUAUAGUACGAGGCUCACCUGGGCCCCCUGAACAUGUGAGGGUGGAUGAAGUAACUGAUACUACAGCUCAGAUCUCCUGGCAGGAAGGCACAGACAAUCACAGCCCAGUGACUGCUUACACUGUACAAGCAAGAACACCUUUUUCAGUUGGCUGGCAGCGGGUUACCACAGUUCCAGAUGUGAUUGAUGGAAAUACAUUCACAACCACAGUGGUGGAUUUAAAUCCUUGGGUGGAAUAUGAAUUUCGUGUAGUUGCCAGUAACAAAAUAGGAGGUGGAGAACCUAGUUUACCCUCAGAAAAAGUAAGAACUGAAGAGGCAGUUCCUGAAAUUCCCCCAGCUGAAGUCAGUGGGGGAGGCGGCAGCAGGUCUGAACUGGUCAUAACAUGGGAUCCCAUCCCUGAGGAGUUGCAAAAUGGAGAAGGAUUUGGAUACGUCGUCGCUUUUCGCCCCUUUGGCACCACAACGUGGAUACAGACUGUAGUCACCUCUCCUGACACGCCCAGAUAUGUCUUCAGGAAUGAAAGCAUCUUGCCAUUUUCACCAUAUGAAGUCAAAGUUGGUGUCUAUAACAAUAAAGGAGAAGGGCCAUUCAGUUCAAUAACUACCGUUUUUUCAGCUGAAGAAGAGCCUACUGUAGCCCCCACUGGUGUGUCUGUGACAAGCCUGUCCUCCUCUGUCAUCGAAGUCUCCUGGAAUGCCAUUCCCUGGAAGAUGAGUAGUGGAAGACUACUGGGCUAUGAGGUGAGGUACUGGAAUAAUGGAGGAAAAGAAGAAUCUUCAAACAGAGUUAAAGCUGCAGGGAAUGAAACUUCAAUAAGAAUAACAGGUUUGAAGAGCAACUUAGCAUACUACACAGCUGUCCGUGCCUACAACAGUGCUGGAGCAGGUCCCUUCAGUGCCACAGUGAAUGCUACCACAAAGAAGACACCACCCAGUCAGCCACCAGGAAACGUUGUGUGGAACGUUACUGACUCCAGAGUCAUCCUCAACUGGGAAGAAGUAAGAGCCAUGGAGAAUGAGUCUGAGGUGACUGGGUAUAAGGUUCUGUACAGGACAAGCAGUCAGAACAAUAUGAAUGUGCUGAACACAGACAAAACAACAGCUGAACUUCUGCUCCAGUUUAAUGAAGAUUACAUUAUAGAAGUAAAAGCAACAACUGAAGGUGGAGAUGGCACUAGCAGUGAUCAGAUCCUGAUUCCCAGACUAGCUAGUAUGGAUGCAAGAGGCUCUGGUCCAUCAACCUUGAACAUCUACAGUCUAUCUGGCAUUUUAUCGACAGUGUUUUCCUUCACUCUUAAUUCAGUGUUGUGAUGCUGCAUUUUCAUUUGCUAGAAGAAACAAAUUAUCAAUCAGUUAUUACAGAAAAGUGCUUUUUCUUAAAAAAACAAAGAAGCUGCAGUGGUUAAUGCAUGUUUUUCU